AUGAUCGAUGAUGAGCGGCAUUUACGCCUCGUGUUGUUACAUCACAUUGUUGUUAAUUCAAUCAAUUCGAAUGUGUUAAAAUCUAUCUAUCUAUCUAUCAUCAUGUUCAAGUCAAUCAGUUUUCUGUUAAAAUGUCCGACGAUUCAAAGUUUACUUAAUUCUUCAGAAUGUACAAAAGAUAUUUGUAGUUCCUCAUCUGUAAAUCGUUGGUAUUUACGUUAUUUAAAUGGACCACGUGUUCUGAAUCCACCUAAAAAUCCAUUUGUAUAUGAUAGAGAUUGGGAAAAUGAACCAUACAAACCAAAAUCUAAUGAUGAAUAUCUUCAAUCUGUUCAAUCAUUAAAAGAUUUUCAAAGUUUAGAUGAACAAUGUAAAAAGAUGUUUACUUAUAAAUUUUUAUAUAAAAGAGAAGAAUUUCAAGAAAAUCUUAAUGAACUAUUAAAAGAUUUAAACUUUGAACCUACAAAUGAUUCAUUAGCUGCUAAAAUUGUACGAAUGACAUUAGAAUUACGUUAUAAAAAGUGGCGUUUAAAAGAACAUCCACGUUGUAUUACAUUAAAACUUGCAACAAAAUGUCUUAUAAAAGCUAGACAACGUAGUUUAAGAUUAUUACGUGCUACAAAUUUAUCUGAAUUUAAUAGAAUUACAACAGCUUUAAAAAUUAUUCGUUAUGAACAUAUAGAUCCUUAUCGAUUACCUAUAGAUGAUCCAAUUGUUCAACGUAAAAAUGCUUUUCGAAAUGAAUGUUAUCAGGGACGUCUUCGUAGAAUGACUGUAUUCAAAGCUAAAUUAAUGGUAUCACAACAACAAUUCUAUAUAGAAAAAAAAGAAAUAUUAACAAAUUUAUUAAAUAAUUUAACUAUAUUCAUAGAUUCUAAUAAUCCAACUAUUCAAAAAGAAAAAGCAAAACAUUUUAUAAAACAAUUAUUUGAUGAAAUAAUUAAACAACGUCAAUUAGAUUGUUUACAAAAACCAAUACAAGAUCAAUUUUUAUGGUAUCUCAAUGAAACAAAACAACGUGAACAAUAUUUUAUUGAAAAAUCACGUAAAUUAGAAAAACAACAACGUAAAUUAAGAAAAUAAUUUAUAUAUUAUUAUGAUUAUUAGUAAUAUUCAUCAAAGUAUAUA